AUGACGGUUAGUAAAAGGGAGCUGAGAUCAUUUUUUAGAAAUUUGCACCCUUUAGAUUUGGGGUUAGUUUUUAAGGUUUAUAAAAAGUCUAACUACGAUGAUAUUUUGUUUGAUAAGUUAUCUGGGAAAAGAAACAAAUGCAUAACAAAGAAUUUAUAUAUAGGAAAUAAGUUUGUUAGAAACCAAAAAAAUAACAAAAUUCGAGUAAAAUAUUUGGAAUUCAUUAAAUUUUUGGCUGAGAAUCUCUUUGAAAUGAAUAUUAGAGAUCUUGGAUACCUUCAGAGUUCAGAAUUACAGGAGAUUUUUCAGUAUAUUAAGGAAAAUGAAUCAUCAAUUGAUAAGAUCUACACCUCGCACAAAUUAGAGGGAAUAUUAUUUUCAGUACUGAAAACCCAUAUUAUAUAUAUUUUGGAAUCAUCAAUUUUACUAUCUGAAAUAAGUGAAAUAAAAUUUUUAAUUGAGGGACUUUGGAGUUUAUUAUUGCAGUUAGAGGUAAAUAUUGAAGAUCUUUUUCAUAAUAUUAAUAAGGAUGAGCUUAUUCAAAUUUUUAAUUUAAUUUGUUAUUUCUCGGAUUUGAAACAAAAAAUCGUUCUAGACGAGAAUCUGGAUAAGUUGCUUAUUAAAAUUUUGAAUAUUUUGAAAGUCAAAAUAAAAAAUCAUUUUAAUGUACUCUUACAGUACUCACUAGAUAUCACAGAAACGAUUGGUAAACCAAACCAAUCUGAAUGGAUAAACCUACUAAGUUCGGAAGAUAUUGUGAUUUCCAAUGAGGACUUAUUAUUAUAUUUUAUAUUAAAGAAUUUUAAUGGUAAUUAUAAUGAUAACUUAAAACGAGUUUUGCAAAUUAUACGGUUUAAUCUCCUCUCAGAUUCUGCUAAAGGUAUUUAUAGUAGAAUCCAAAGACCAAUUCUAAAUUCUUCAAAUCUAUCCAGAAAUAAAUACUUUGCCAACAAUACACAAAUUGCUUCUUGUGUUACAAACAAACCCAAAACCAUAAUUUUGAACAACAUAUCAGACAACUUCCAGCUUCCUAUUCUCAAUAAACACCUUAUUAUAGAUAAUAAUUUUAAGGUUGAUGGCUGUUUUUCGUAUGAAAUUCGGAUGAUUAGUAGAAGUAAGCUUAAGUUUCCAGGUGAUUUUAACGAUUUGGUCAAAACUUGGAAACUUUUCCUUGGUUUUUCAAUUAAAACUGGCAAAAAAUACCAACCCUUCGCAUUUAAUCUAUUCUCAUUACUUGGUGAAAACUCAGACAAAAAUGAUACUAGCAAACUAUUUCAUCACCGUUCAAUCCUAAAAUCAUCCAAGUUCAAUCAUAUAUCCGGAAAUAUAUCAAAAAAUGAAAUUAUGUUGGUGCCUGCCCCUUAUUACGAAGAAGAGAAUUGCCUGCAGGGCAAAGUAGUUAUACAGUGGGAAGGAAUUGUAUUGGCAAAUAGCAAUGGUGAUGAAAUUUUGGAAGACGAUAACAGAGUAAUUUUUGCAGUAAAUUGGAGGGAAAAGUUUAUAUUAGUUGAGAUUGGAAGCUUGUUUUCUGUAUAUGUUGAGAUCCUUGAUGGUUUACUUGAAGAGAAUGGUCUAGAAAUACAAAAUGAUCUUGUUUUUCCGUUAAUAAGCUACAAUGAUGAAUAUUUUAAUGCAACAGUGAAUUAUUACUCCUGUAAUUUGGGGAUAAAUGAAAGACAAAUAAGUUUGAAAGAAAGACUAGAUCAAGAAUGCAAAAAAAGGUUUAUUGGAUCGAAGACAAGAAGAAAACUUUUUACAGAUGUUAGCAAGAAGCAAUCAGGGGCACCAAAAAGAGUAACUAGGCUUAGACCAUCUGGAUCUACUAAUAUGGUAAUUUCUUUUCCAUCGGGUUCACUUAAUUCUCCACAAUUAUCUGCAUCUUCUCCAGCAAAUAAAAGAGGAAGGCCGAGGAAAAACACUACCACAACAUGCAUUAAAGAACUGGUACCUAUGAAUUGCAAGGAGUACUAUCCUUCGCUAUUAUCAAAAGUUUCCAAGAAAAACGAUAGCAAGAACAUUUCAAAAUCUACCAGAGCUCAAGGUUCAAACUCGCUUGUGAUCAAGAAAAUCAAGAAGAAAAUAAAAGUAAAUACUGAUCAUUACUAUUCAUAUAAUAAUUCCUUUUUAGGGAGAUUUUUUGCUAAUAGCUUUAAAAAGCUACUAAGUUUUUUUCGUGGCCGUCUAAUAUAG